GUGCCGGGACGGGGAGAUCUAGCUCGCCUUGCGGAGCAUGCAAGUUUCUCCGGCGGAAGUGCUCGGCGGACUGCAUAUUUGCGCCGUACUUUUGGGCGGAGCAAGGCGGGGCGGCGAGGUUCGGCGCCAUCCAUAAGGUGUUUGGGGCGAGUAACGUGUCAAAAAUGCUAAUGCAAGUGGGUGUGGAUGAGCGGCGGGACGCGGUUCUGUCGAUUGAUUAUGAAGCUCAAGCCAGGAUCAAAGAUCCCGUCUAUGGCUGCGUCGCCCACAUCCUCGCCUUGCAACAUCAGGUGGCGAGUUUGCAAGCUCAAUUGUUGCAAGUGAAGGCUCAACUAGCUCAAGCUCUCCAUAGUAACAACAACUUGGGAUGCAACAAUAAUGCAGGAAACCAGUUCCCGGUUUAUACCACAGGUGGAACGACCGCGGGGGUGGCAGCUACCGCUGCAGCUUAUUCAGUGGGCUCCCCACAGAGCUUCUUCGAUCUGUUCGAUGAAGGAAUGAGUUUGGGGAAACGAGAAAGAAUGAAGAUGAAGCUACCAAUUACAAGAGACGUUGAAGGUGAACACAAUUAUCAGUAUGGUACCAAUAACAACAUCAACUGUAGUGGCAGUAGGAGGACUGACUUGGGAGACCUUCAAGCUGUGGCACUGAGAAUGAUGAGAAAUUGAUAAUAUAUGUAUAUGAGUAUAUCAAAAUGUUUUGUAUCCUACUUCUGUAUACUACCUUUACC